AUGGCUUCUCAAAGAACAUCUUUGAUCAUUGCAGCCAUCUUUUUCACCCUCAAUUUUCAUUUUCUUCCACAAACAACUGCGGUUAGAGUGCCAACCGCAAGCUCUCCAUCCGAAUUAAUUGAACAAGUAUGCAAGAAAAGUAAUGACUCCAAUUUGUGUGCCCAAGUUCUGCAAUCUUAUCCUGAAGCAUCAUCAGCAACUGACAUAAAAUCCUUAGCUAAAGCUGUCCUGGAAAUUGCCAACAAGCAAUCAACAACUGUGGGCAACCUCUUUACUGAAUUAAGGAACAAUGGAACUACCAACCCAUCAAUCAAGCCAUCAUUAGAUCUAUGUGCUUCCCAGUACAAUGAUGCAGCUGUGUUCUUCUCCCCUGUUGGGUUAGGAAAUGUUGCAAAAAGUUUGGAAGUUCAUUCUGCUUUAGAUGGUUCGGAAGGUUGCCAAACUGAAUUAGCUGCAAAAGGUGUCAACAUUGAAUCAAUUGCACCUGAAAUUCAAAAGUGGAAGGAACUUUAUGAAGUUUCUAGUUCUGCCAUCUUAUAUGCUGAAGAUUUGUUUGGAGGCAAAGCUGCAGAUGGCCUCGGAUCACAUUUCAAGACCUACUUUUGCUGCCGUCUGGAACUGAGAUCAUGCAAGGUUUCUUCCCCUCCUUGCUCGUUGAAAUGUCGAAGAGGGUUUGCAGAUUUUCAGACGACUCCUCUUCCCUCCUGCAAUUCCUCAGGGAUUCCUUCUCUGUUCUGUACUGUGUGA